AUCCAGCCUCCAGACCACGCCACUAAGGAACCGUCCUUUUUUAAAGUUUACUCUUACGCGUGCCUCUGCGAUUCCUAAAAUCUCCGCUGCUCUCUCCCUCUCUCCUCUCUUCUCUCUCUUGGUUUCUUCUGUAAGAAGACAUGACCAGCACCUCUGCCCCUUCACGCAAGUCUUUGAGCAAGAUCGCGUGCAAUCGACUCCAGAAGGAGUUGGUUGAGUGGCAGGUCAAUCCUCCCACUGGAUUUAAGCACAAAGUUACUGAUAAUCUCCAAAGGUGGGUAGUCGAAGUCAAGGGGGCGCCUGGUACUUUGUAUGCUAAUGAGUCGUACCAGCUUCAAGUUGAUUUCCCUGAGCAUUACCCCAUGGAAGCACCGCAGGUGAUUUUUCUUCCUCCAGCUCCUUUGCAUCCUCAUAUAUACAGCAAUGGGCAUAUCUGCUUAGAUAUUUUAUAUGAUUCAUGGUCCCCGGCCAUGACUGUUAGUUCCAUCUGCAUCAGCAUUCUGUCCAUGUUAUCGAGCUCAACUGUCAAGCAACGCCCUGCAGAUAAUGAUCGCUACGUGAAAAAUUGUAGGAACGGAAGAUCUCCUAAAGAGACAAGGUGGUGGUUUCAUGAUGACAAAGUGUAACGAGAAUGAGCAAUUGCCAAGACACUCAACCCAGCAUCCAUCCUCGAUGCACGGUUGAGAAGAUCAUUCCUUUCCGAAAUAGGUAACCUGGGAUUCAAGAAGGGUCUCAAACUUCAUUCAAAUUGCCGAAGGAAGAAGAUAUUUACAUGCUGCUGCUGUAAGGUGCGUGUUAAAGUUGUCACGGCAUGCUCUCAAGGAACAUGUGAGGACCAAGGCAUGGACUGGUUUUAUUCUUUUCUCUAGACGCUUGUUAGUUUUAUGUGUAAGCAUUUUAAUGCAGAAUUGAAACAUGAAUUAAAAAGGCAAAAAAAAAAAAAAUGCAUGCAUUAA